GGUUUGCUGGGGGGUACUCGGCUGUGCCGCCAUGACUAUUCUCCCCAAAAAGAAGCCGCCGCCUCCCGACGCCGACCCCGCCAACGAGCCGCCGCCGUCUGGGCCACUGCCCCCGGCGCCGCGCCGCGGCGGGGGUGUGGGCGUAGGCGGUGGCGGCACGGGCGUGAGCAGCGGCGACCGCGACCGUGAGUCAGGCGUCGUGGGGGCCCGUCAGCGGGCCUCACCGCCGCCUCAGGGCCCGCUGCCAGGGCCACCGGGUGCACUUCAUCGCUGGGCGCUGGCUGUGCCGCCUGGCGCCGUGCCCGGUCCCCGGCCUCAGCAGGGCUCUCCUCCUCCUUGUGGGGGCCCGGGCGGUCCUGGCGGCGGUCCGGGCGACGCGCUUGGUGCAGCAGCAGCAGGUGUAGGCGCGGCUGGCGUGGUGGUGGGCGUGGGCGGCACGGUGGGCGUGGGCGGCUGUUGCUCCGGGCCUGGCCACAGCAAGCGGCGGCGUCAAGCCCCCGGGGUUGGUUCGGUUGGCGGGGGCAGUCCGGAGCGUGAGGACGUCGGUGCAGGUUACAACAGUGAGGAUGAGUAUGAAGCGGCUGCAGCGCGCAUCGAAGCCAUGGACCCUGCCACUGUCGAGCAGCAGGAGCACUGGUUUGAAAAGGCCCUGCGAGACAAGAAGGGCUUCAUCAUCAAGCAGAUGAAGGAGGACGGCGCCUGUCUCUUCCGGGCUGUAGCUGACCAGGUGUAUGGAGACCAGGACAUGCAUGAGGUUGUACGAAAGCACUGCAUGGACUAUCUGAUGAAGAAUGCUGACUACUUCUCCAACUAUGUCACAGAGGACUUCACCACCUACAUCAACCGGAAACGGAAAAACAACUGCCAUGGCAACCACAUUGAGAUGCAGGCCAUGGCAGAGAUGUACAACCGGCCUGUGGAAGUGUACCAGUACAGCACAGAACCCAUCAACACAUUCCAUGGGAUCCAUCAAAAUGAAGAUGAACCCAUCCGUGUCAGCUACCAUCGGAAUAUCCACUACAAUUCAGUAGUGAAUCCCAAUAAGGCCACCAUUGGUGUGGGGCUGGGCCUGCCAUCAUUCAAACCAGGGUUUGCAGAGCAGUCCCUGAUGAAGAGUGCCAUAAAAACAUCAGAGGAGUCAUGGAUCGAACAGCAGAUGCUGGAAGACAAGAAGCGGGCCACAGACUGGGAGGCCACAAAUGAGGCUAUUGAAGAGCAGGUGGCUCGAGAAUCCUACCUGCAAUGGCUUCGGGAUCAGGAAAAGCAGGCCCGCCAGGUUCGAGGCCCCAGCCAGCCCCGGAAAGCCAGCGCCACAUGCACUUCCGCCACAGCAGCCGCCUCCAGUGGCCUGGAGGAGUGGACUAGCCGGUCCCCGCGGCAGCGGUCACCUGAGCACCCUGAGCUGCAUGCCGAGCUGGGCAUCAAGCCCCCCUCCCCAGGCACUGUCUUAGCUCUUGCCAAACCUCCUUCGCCCUGUGCACCAGGUACAAGCAGCCAGUUCUCAGCAGGGGCCGACCCAGCGACUUCCCCCCUCGUGUCCCUCUACCCUGCUCUGGAGUGCCGGGCCCUCAUUCAGCAGAUGUCCCCCUCCGCCUUUGGUCUGAACGACUGGGACGACGAUGAGAUCCUAGCAUCGGUGCUGGCAGUGUCCCAACAAGAAUACCUAGACAGUAUGAAGAAAAACAAAGUGCACAGAGAUCCACCCCCAGACAAGAGUUGAUGGAGACCCAGAGACUGGAGACUAUCUCCCAACCCCCACCACUCCUGCCCUCCGGUGCCACCUCACCUUUGGCUUUCUUCCCUCUUGCUGUCUUCCUCCUUCCCUUUCUCCCCUCCUUUUCCUCCUCCCCACUUCCCUCUUGCUGGCCCACCCUUGCACCCCCUCUCAUCGCUGCCACCACCACCAUCACCUGUCUCUUCGCCAGCUGACGUGCCCUGUUGCCCCCCGCACAGCACCAUCCCUGCAUUCCACAGGGGACUCGGGCAAGGGUGCCGAAGGUAGGCGAGAGGCACACAGAGACAACCCAACUGGCAGCCAGGCAGCCCCCGAGGAGAGACAUUCAGACAGAGGAAAGCCUCCCUGACUCCCAUUCUUCCAAGCUCAAAAAACUUUGUCAACCCACCUCCACAACUAUGCCAGGGAAGUGGGAGGAAGAAGUGGGGAAUUCCCCUUCCCAGUACCCUAAGAAUGUCUGAGCCUUCAAUGUUGAAUUUUUUCUUUAUUAAAAUGUACUUUUAUCUUAUAAAAUUAACCUAUCGAAAACAAUGUAGACAAUAGCAUUGACUCUCUGAAGGUGGCAUCUCUGUGGUUGGGGGCAGGCAGGUUGUGGGACACAGUGGGCACAAAGAUGUGGUUACUGUCUGUGGCCUCCAGCUCUUUGGAGAUGGGCAGGGUCUAGAGUAUGAGUCAGGGUGGAGUAGAGGGGCAUGGGUGGCAGGUAUCAUGUGGGCUUUGGACAAGGAGACUCUGACCUCACUGCAUUCCUAUUGCUUCCAUACCACCACCAGUCUCUUUGGAAUCUUGGAGUGGGGGCAACUUUGAGGAUUAUGGCCGCCGCCCAGGAUUUGAGUGUGGGGAAUGGGAGCAGCCUUGGCAGAUGGGGCACUUGUGCCCUGCAGGUGUUGACAAGAUCCACCAUCUGUAAUGUCCUUGGCACAAUAAAACCAAAUGUCCGUUU